ACUCUGAGCCUUAUUUCUAACAUUAUUGAUUAUACAUUGAUUAUACAUAGUUUUUACUAUCUCUUCAGUGGUCACUUUAGAGAUUAUAGCACACAUUCUUAGAUUAUUCAAGUGUAACAUAUGUCAGCAUUUCCACUGCUUCCAAAACAAUGCUGAAACCUUAGAAAACUUUCACUCCCUUUAUCCUUCUCACCUUUUAUUGUUAAUGUCAUCAUGCAUUACUUUUCUACUUCUAGUUUAGACCCCACAAGAGAUUAUAAAUAUAAUAAUAUUACCCUUUCAGAUCCUCCUGGUUCCUUCCUGCAUUUUUAUCCUUCCGUCAUCCUGCCUAAAAAAAUUCCCUUUCAUAGUUACUGUAGAGUGGGUCUGCUCGUGUUCAGUUUGCUCAGUUGUUAUCCAGAAUCGUUUUGUUUCAUUUUUCACCUUUGAACAAUGUUCUUCCUGGUCUAGAAUUCUAGGUUUGCAGUGAUUUUCUUUCAGCUCUUUAAAGAUGUCAUUCUAUUACCUUUAGUUUCUUCAACAGCUCUUUUAGGAGAGCUUUAAAGGAAUCAUUUUUAAAACAUUUUGUUCAGCUUUUCAAGUUGUUCUCAGCAGGAGUAUAUGUCUGACAUAGCUACUUUGUCCCAUAUGGAAGCAGAGGCCCCCAUUCUCUCUCUCUCUCUAUCUCUCUCUCAAUGUACUUCCAUCCCAUAGGACCAGAUCCUGUACCUCUGGAGGGACCAGGCCAUGCUCAAAUUUAUAUUAUUUUUAUAGUUCAAAAUAUACAGAAAGACAAUUCAUCCCACCAUGUAACUGAAUUUCUAGCCCUCUGAGGCCUUUUGUACUUUUCCUAAAUCCCCUGGGAGUUAAGAGGCCUGGACUGGGAAACACAGAUAGAGACACAGGACACCCUGAGCCUCUGAGACUUGCCUGGGCAUCAAACCCCACCAGAAGGGCCCCUGGAGCCCUCUCCCCUGGGUAGGGGCCACUUCUCUGGGCCGCAUGCAUGCUGGGCUAUGGCUGGUCAUCACUGACAUCACCAGGCACCAAGCAGCCCACCUCCCUCCCUAGUGGGGUUCACAGUCAGGGUUACUACCCCUUUAUCUUCACAUUCUCAGCACCUGGUGCAAUUUCCAGCACAUGGGAGAACUCACUGCAUCAUGAAUAAAAUGAAUGCUUGAGAAGUAAAAGUAUCGGAUACAAUUGGAAACAUUUAGCAGAAACAACCAAAAAGAUGUGGUGGCCAAUUGGAUAUUAUUUGCAGAAGAAAUGGAGACUUAGAUCAGAUGUCUAGCUGGGGUGACCAAGGACUUAGUUGGCAAUCAAGAAAAUACACCGCAAGCGAAAGCAGUGCUUGCUGCUUUUCACACGGCAGUGCUGUUGAGAGUGGCUGUGCUUUUUGCGGAGGAGAUGCAUUAGGUGUUCUGGGUUAGACUUACAGGUUUGCAGUGCUUGGGAUAAAACCAAAUGGAAAUGGGGGGCCCCAUACAGGGAUCUGGGGCCUCCCUAAGUGCCCAGAUGGAAGAGGGGGCGCACGGCCCCCCAGGAACUACUGUGAACCUGACGGGAAAUGGCUCACACCACUGUCCACCCUUUCCCGUUUGCCACUUGCUCUAAAGCCCUUGGGGGGACUUCAUGCACCAGAGAGAGUGUGGGGAGUCACUUCUAGGAAUGUUCCACCCUCAUGCCAUCAUUGACAGGGGCUUCUCUAGCCUGGCAUUCCAGAAGCCACAGCCACCCAGACAAGCAGAGUCCCCUGGCGAUGGCCCACAGGUGCUGGGAUUAGGAUGGAUGGAUCUCUCCUGCAGCCAGCACAGGCCCCCGGGACACUCUAUUUGCAGACAUUACACCCUGUCUACUUCAAUGUUAUGCUCUGGAGCCAAAGGUAGGUGAGGGUGCGUCAACGGAACCAAAUAUAGACUCAGGACUUUACAAACUGAACGGCAUCUCAUAGGACUAAACAUGAAACUCGCACUAAUAAGCGUUCUCUAGGUUUUAAACACAAACAAGGAAGGGGCGGGAAUUGUUGACACUCCAGCUGGGACAACAGGCCAGGGAGACAUAUAAAAGCCAACAUCCCUGAGCACCUAACACACGGACUCACUCACUCACUCGCUCACUCACCCACUCACUCCCAUCUCCUCCAGCUCAAUCCCCAGCAUGGCCGCGUCCACUAUGUCCGUCUGCUCCAGCGACCUGAGCUACGGCAGCCGCGUCUGCCUUCCUGGUUCCUGUGACUCUUACUCCGACUCCUGGCAGGUGGACGACUGCCCAGAGAGCUGCUGCGAGCCCCCCUGCUGCGCCCCCAGCUGCUGCGCCCCAGCCCCCUGCCUGAGCCUGGUCUGCACCCCAGUGAGCUGUGUGUCCAGCCCCUGCUGCCAAGUGACCUGUGAGCCCAGCCCCUGCCAAUCAGGCUGCACCAGCUCCUGCACGCCCUCGUGCUGCCAGCAGUCUAGCUGCCAGCUGGCUUGCUGCGCCUCCUCCCCCUGCCAGCAGGCCUGCUGCAUGCCUGUCUGCUGCAAGACUGUCUGCUGCAAGCCUGUGUGCUGUGUGCCCGUCUGCAGCGGGGAUUCUUCAUGCUGCCAGCAGUCUAGCUGCCAGUCAGCUUGCUGCACCUCCUCCCCCUGCCUGCAGGCCUGCUGUGUGCCUGUCUGCUGCAAGCCCCCUGUGUGCUGUGUGCCUGUCUGCUCUGGGGCUUCCACUUCAUGCUGCCAGCAGUCUAGCUGCCAGCCGGCUUGCUGCACCACCUCCUGCUGCAGACCCUCCUCCUCCGUCUGUGAGCCCAGCCCCUGCCAAUCAGGCUGCACCAACUCCUGCACACCUUCAUGCUGCCAGCAGUCUAGCUGCCAGCCGGCUUGCUGCACCUCCUCCCCCUGCCAACAGGCCUGCUGUGUGCCUGUGUGCUGCAAGUCCAUCUGCUGCAAGCCCGUGUGCUGCGUGUCCAUCUGUUCUGGAGCUUCCUCCCCAUGCUGCCAGCAGUCUAGCUGCCAGUCAGCUUGCUGCACCUUCUCCCCAUGCCAACAGGCCUGCUGUGUGCCCAUCUGCUGCAAGCCCAUCUGCUGUGUACCUGUCUGCUCUGGGGCUUCCUCUCUGUGCUGCCAGAAGUCUAGCUGCCAGCCGGCUUGCUGCAUCACCUCCUGCUGCAGACCCUCCUCCUCCGUGUCCCUCCUCUGCCGCCCUGUGUGCAGGCCCGCCUGCUGUGUGCCUGUCCCCUCCUGUUGUGUCCCCGCCUCCUCCUGCCAGCCCAGCUGCUGCCACCCGGCCUCCUGCCUGUCCCUCCUCUGCCGCCCUGCGUGCUCCCGCCUGGCCUGCUGA